AUGCCUCUGAUCGACGCACGGCGUCUGCGUCGACCCCGAUUGCUUGUUUUGCUCCUGCUCGCCCUUUUGGGGUUGAUAGCGGUGACGCAUCGCCGGUCUGAGAACUGGACGGAGACCGAGAUUUCGAUCGAGGAGGCUGAAUAUAGACAUAGCUCGUUGGGAUGGUGUGAUGUGGCUCCGGAUUUAUGUGCCGAAUUCGGGGAGAUCGAGCUGAGGAAGGUGAUGAACUAUGAGGGAUCAGGACACGGACUGGCGAGGUUUUUGGCGAAAGCUCGACAAGGUCAAGGAUUCACAGUCGGAGCGUUAGGAGGAUCCGGCUCGGACUACUUUGCCAUGUGUUUCGGACAUCACAUACCUGAGGACGUAGAUUUAGUGCUGGUUGACAUGGCGAUCAACGAUGGGUUCUCAGAGAAAGGCGCGGAGUCGUACGAGACGCUCCUCAGACAUCUUCUGGCAUUGCCCAAUAGGCCCGCUGUGAUCAACUUGCAAGUAUUCGCCCUGAUGUUCCAGACGAUAGCAACCGGUGGUGACAUUCACCAAGGAAUUUCCUCGUAUUACGAUGUUCCCACAGUCUCGCUUCGUAAUUUGCUCCUCCCCAUCAUACUGCAAAACUCGUCAUACGGGAUAUCCUACUUUGAUCAUCCACCGGGAACAACGGAGCUAGACAGGGAAGGGUUGGGUACGCGGCAUAUAUCGGCAAAGGGCCAUGGACUGAUCGGCCGGCUGACUAAUGCAUUCAUUGACAUGCGAAUAAGAGACCUGGUUACGGGUCUUUAUGGAGCAGAAUUGGAGAGCAGACUUGUCCCGGAAACACCUCGAAUUCGAGCGCUGCAACGUUUCAAUACAUAUGAGGCCAUUCCCGCGAUCCCCCCAAAAUGCUUGUCGGCGCACUCACGCUCGCCUACUCUGAUCCCUUCCACAAACAAAGGAUGGCGUGAACUGAUAUCAGGGGACAAAAAAUACCUUAUCGCCGAUCAACCCGGCUCGAUCGUAUCAUUUGACUUUGUCACUGCUGGUGGCCUCGUGCAGCUGUCCGUGUAUCGCUCACAUAACGCUGGACUCGGCACCGCUGCAUGUUGGGUGGAUGAUAUGAAGGACAAGAGGGUGAUCAUUGAAGCGAGGUGGGACGAUCUGGUCAGCAUUGGCUACACUGUGACCAUUGCAAAUGAUUUAGAGGACGGCGACCACGUUCUGACUUGCGAUUUACUGGAGGAAACGAAAGACCCGCAGAAGAAGCACGAAUUCCGGAUCAUCGCGGUCAUCAGGUAG